AGAGAGAGAGAGAGAGAGAGAGAGAGAGAGUGGGUGUAAACAAUCCACCAUGGCUUUCCACGCAAGUGGGCUGCCGCUGACCCCUCCGCGCGCCUGCCAGACCAUCGCGGCGGCAACCACCGAGUUGUGGCCAUCCAUCGCGACAACCCUGGCCGUUCCCUUCGGGUUAUCGACAUCUCUUAAGGCGCAACAACGGCAUUCCCACAACUCUCACGGCUCGACAGCAUCUUCAAACGCCUCCCGCAACCUUGCUAGCUCCCCCGCGCGCGAAGCUUCUAGCUCCUCGGCGCUGCCCGCCUUCCUGAGAACGGCGCCUCUACCCCAGCCCGUUGUCUCUCAGGGUCUAGCAAAUGCUUCGCCUACAAACAUCUUUUCGGAAAUCUCAAGCAUGUCUUCCCGCCAGCUCGCCAUGGCGAACCCCCUCUUCCGGCGCUCGUUCUCGGCGCUCAUGUCGAGGCCCCUGGGCACUGUCAACACCCUUCGGUCCAUGAGCACCCACCAGCCCGGUCGCAUUCCGUCUUUCUUCCGCUCGCCAGUACACUCUCCUCUCGGUUUCACUCUCCAGGCCCGCAACUUUGGAAACGGUGGUCUCUCGCACAACCUCCUGGCUGCUCGCGAGGCCGCUGCCAACCAGUUCCCAACCAGCGCCGGUGCUCAGUAUGCUUUCUACCAGGCUCUUCUCAAGGCGAACAUGCCUGCUAUUAUUAUCGAAAGGUAUCAGUCUGGACGUUUCGCCACGAACGAGCAGGUAGACCAGAUCUACCAGCAAGCCCUUGCCAUGUCUACCGGUCAACCCUACACGCCUGCGAACAACGCCGUCGAUAACAACGGCUAUCACCCCUCCGGUUUCACCGCUAGCCAGAUCCAUGCCGCUGGUACUGCCGCUGCUGCUCAGCAUACUGGUGGAAACAUGGCCAUGGUCAAGCCGAUCGCUGCUGGUGCCAAGACUGGUCCUCUGCAUAUCGUAGUUGACGAAAGUUUCGGAAGCUCCGCUCUCAGAUGGGUCAAGUUUCUCAUGUGGUUCACUCUCUUCACGUAUCUCAGCAUGGUUGUCAUCACCAUGGUUUUCGAGGGCUUGAGCAGCAUCAAGCGCCCCGGUGGCAAGCUUGAGGCCAGCGAGGUCAAGCCUGAGAACCAGAAGGCUCGCUUCGCUGAUGUCCACGGCUGUGAUGAGGCCAAGGAAGAGCUUCAGGAACUUAUUGACUUUUUGCGCAACCCUGAAAAGUACUCGACUCUUGGUGGCAAGCUUCCCAAGGGCGUGUUGCUCGUUGGACCCCCCGGUACUGGUAAAACUCUUUUGGCUCGUGCUGUCGCCGGCGAAGCUGGCGUUCCCUUCUUCAACAUGUCCGGUUCCGAAUUCGAAGAGGUCUACGUUGGCGUUGGCGCAAAGCGUGUUCGUGAUCUCUUUGCCGCCGCCAAGGCCAAGGCUCCCUCAAUUACUCUCAACCAGCUUCUUACCGAGUUGGACGGUUUCGAGCAAAACAGUGGUGUAAUCAUCAUCGGCGCCACCAACUUCCCCGAGUCCCUUGACAAGGCGCUUACCCGCCCCGGCCGCUUCGAUCGCAAUGUUGUUGUCUCUCUUCCCGAUGUCCGCGGCCGCAUGGCCAUUCUCCAGCACCACGCCAAGCGCAUCAAGGCUGCUGCCGAUGUCAACCUGGAGGCUAUUGCUUCCAGAACUUCUGGUCUUUCUGGUGCCGAGCUGGAGAACAUUGUCAACCAGGCUGCUAUUCACGCCAGCAAGUUGAAGGCUCAGGCUGUUACUCAAAAGGAUUUCGAAUGGGCAAAGGACAAGGUCAUCAUGGGUGCUGAGAAGCGUAGUAUGGUUAUCACAGCCAAGGAAAAGGAGAUGACUGCCUAUCAUGAGGCUGGUCACGCCCUCGUCGGAUAUUACGCCAAGGACAGCGCAAGCUCGCUUUACAAGGUCACCAUUCUUCCACGUGGCCAGACUCUGGGCCACACUGCCUACCUCCCUGAGAUGGACAAGCACUCGUUUACUGUCAGGGAUUACUUGGGUAUGAUUGACCGUGCCAUGGGCGGCAAGGUCGCCGAGGAGAUUGUCUAUGGUAACGAGCUUGUGACUAGCGGUGUUAGCGCUGAUCUUGACAUGGCCACCAGAACCGCGUGGCAGAUGGUUGCUCAGCUCGGCAUGUCUGAGAAGCUCGGACCCGUUGAGUACCUCCGCAAGUACAACCAGCUCAGCUCCGAGACCAGGGCGAUGGUUGAGUCCGAGGUGAAGAGAGUUCUGGACGAAUCGUACGAGCGUGCGCGUAACCUGCUCACCUCCAAGAGGAAUGAACUCGACUACUUGGCCAAGGCGCUCGUCGAGUACGAGACACUGGACAAGAAGGAGGUUGAGAGGGUGAUUCGGGGAGAAAAGUUGAAGGAUCGCAUCUCGGUGCCGCCAGGGCCUAUGGCUAUCCCCAAGCCCAGCGACACCCUGGAGCCGGGCCUCCCCCUACCACCCCUACCUGGCGAUGUGCCGCCUCCGGGUGACAGUGGCCCGGGACCGGCCCCGCCGCCGCCUGUGCCCGCGUGAGGAGCGCAGAAGUGAGUUGCGUGAGUGGUGGUGGGUGUAAGUAAAGGUGCGGAACAGGACAUAACUUGUUCUUAUAAAUCAAUCAUGAACAAACAAAAGCCUGAAUUCUUUCCUCGAUUUCGGGGAGUUGGGCAAACCACAAAAAGCAUGUUUCUCACAUCACACAACAACACCAUUCUAAUGGGUAGCGGGGUUAGGGUAUCAAAUCAGGCACUUUCUUUACAAUUGUAUUUUAGGUUUUUUUUAUGAUUCUUUUCAUGUUUUUAUGUUGGGUUUACAAAGCGCAUCAUUUUCUUUUCCAAGAAAUCGAUGAGGACGAGGAAGAAUGAAGAUUGGAUGGGAGGAUGGAUAAAGGUAGUAGGUGUGGAUGGAGGCAUUAGAUGGCGUUUUUGUGUGUUGUGUUAGGAGUAGUACACUUUUACUUUUGC